AUGGGAGCUGGUGAACCUCCUGUAGUGGCUGCUGGGCAGCCACUUUGGGUACGUCUACGGGGAUGGUCAUUCUGUGCUUUUACAUUGAUCUCUGCUUUGUUAGGUAAGUGAAU